AUGGAUAUCACUAAUGGUAAACCGGUGUCACAAAAGCCUCUUUUUCGUGUGAAGCGUAAAUCUGAACCUUACGGCAUCGUGAGCUGGGUGAAAUUGGCCAAGAGAAAAAGUGAGUCGAUGGAAAAAAUAUUUCCAAAUAUGAUGGCAGCAAGCUUAAAACUUGCUGGUAUCUAUCUAGCAGCUCAUAAAUACUUCGAAGUUGAUAGAAGAUACACGUUUUCGACGACUAAAUAUGAAGAUCGUAAAUUCUACAAGCAUUUCCCAAUUCCACGUCUAAAGAAGCUCCAUCCGGUUGUGGAGAAAGCUUGCAAUAAAGGUGAGUUUGAAUGUAUCACGGAAAUCGCCACUGUUGCCAAUAUGUCCGGAUCACUUGCCAAAUUCCAUAAACAUUACAAGAAGGACGCACUCCUCCCUGAAUAUCCGUUCAGCUCUGCAUUGGAACAGUUUCAGUAUCGAACUACUGCCAGCUACUACAUGUGUUGGUUCACAGAUCGUCGUCGCAAGCUUCUGGCAUACGAAGGGGGACACUGUCUAGAAAACCUGAAAAAAACCCAUGAAGCAAAUGGCAAUAUAAUACACGACAUAAGGUCUAUUUACGUAGCUAAUGCUAAAAGAGCCAACUAUGUUUCACCUUUUACGUGUGCCUAUAUAUGGUUUUGCCCUGAUCCGUGUUAUGGAAAGAAUGACUCUGGUAACUUUAAAGACUUCAGGUCAGGCGUGGCCGACCUUCUUAAUCCGUGCUCGCGGUUGAAAGACAAAGCCUGUUUUUGGGAGACUGGAAAAAACACUGUCUUUGAUUAUCUUCAAAGGAACAGAAUAAACUACACGUGUAAUUGUAAAAAUGAACGAAAAGGCUUCAUAUGGUCCCCUAAGUAUAGCAUCUGUAUUGACCAAGACGAAUGUUAUGAUGGCGUGGCAAAUUGUUCAAGUGACAAAAUCUGCCGUAAUGACGUUGGUUCUUAUACGUGUCAGUGCCGAAUGGGAUUCAAACUGAACAGGACUACCGGUCAGUGUGACAGACACGACCUGUUUCGUCCCACAUCUCAUAUUGGCAUGAAGCGACGUAAUAAACAAAAUCAGGAAGAUCAAACCGGAAUUUGGGCAGCAAUCGACCGCCUGUACAUUGUAUAUGAAUCAAGUUCAACUAAGCCCUCCGAUACAUAA